AUACUCCAUCUCUGAACCAUCCAGGGAGGAGACUUUGAGGGGAAUGUUGACCAAUGAGAGGAUGCUUACCAUGACCUUAGACAUUGACUUCAAGCCUUCAUUCAAUAACUCCAACAAUGAGGUUUUCAUCGACUCCUACAACAUAAUUCAGAAUCAGAGUAAGACGCACAUCUCCAACUUCAUAUCAGCAAAAAUAACCAAUGUCAGGAGUGGGAGCACUGUUGUCGAGUAUACUGUAGUAGCCACUUCGUUUAGCGAUAUGGAAAUUCAAGCAGUAAGGUCUGGGGUAUUUCGUGACAUUUCAGAAAUAUACACAGCAAUAUUUGACAGUAAAAAGGAAUUACAGAAUCCUACAGGAAUGACUCAGAAAAAAGCUUCAAUAAUCUGUGGUCCUCCUCCAAAGGAUCUUAACUUUAGCACCAACUUUGUGGCACAAUGGUGGCUUAACAAAAAGAUGGUUCUUGACGACAGUCUACAUGAAUCUAUUUUGGAUAAGGAGGAUGGAACAGCAACAUUAAAUAUUAAACAAUUCUUUGUCACAGACAACGGACAAUAUGAAUGUAGGUUGAUCGAUGGAGGAAAGGUUUUCAGACAGAGAAAAACCAUCCGAAGGACAACCGUGGCACAAGUAUCUGCAGAUCAAGGCAACAGCGUCAUCACACCGGUUCAGGAGCUACUUUCGCAGUCUCAGUUCCUGAAUAACAAUUCACUUCCAGGAUUUUUGGAGAUACUCAGCAACGUUACUGUCAACUUCACUGCCAGAGUGCUUAAUUCUACAGCAAACAUCGUGGCCAUCAUUGACAUACUCAAAAACGUUGCCAAUGCAUCGUCAACUAUUCCCAUUACUGAAUCUUCAAUGAAGGAUAUCCUUAUAACUGCAGGUGUGCUCACUACAGCUGGAGCAAGAGAGUCCUGGAUAACUCUGAAUGGAAACACCUCAGUUACCAGAAAUAGCAGCACUGAGACUGAACGUAUCAGCUCAAUAUUACUGCAGUCUCUUGAGACAAUUACAAGUAACCUUGUCAAUGAGUCUUUUAGCAUUGACACACCUUCUAUUCUCUUGAACAAAACUAGAUUCACAGACUCUUUCAACGCUGACUUUCUGAAUUCUUCAGUGGAGAUAGUUAUACCAGAGUCUGAUGGAGCGAAAUCUAUCACUGUGAUGACAUUUGCUUCGAUGAAUAUCGUUCUACCCCCAAGAGACGAGUUCAAGUCCUCAGGCCUUUUCAUCAACGGGAGAGUUGUACUUGUUCAGUCCAGCAGGGCAAGUACUGCCAUCAAUAAUAUUUCAUUCACAUUUGAUAAACUAAAUAAAACACUGGGGAACCCACAGUGUGUUUUCUGGAACUUCACCCUCUUUGACGGUCUGGGGGGAUGGGACGGCGAGGGCUGUGAGUUAAAACCAAAUGUGAAUGACACCGUCACCUGCACCUGCGACCACCUGACCUCAUUCUCCAUCCUCAUGUCACCCUUCGUAGACUGCGAAGAGUGUAGCAUUAUAACAUUCGUUGGAGUUGGCAUAUCCAUUGUUUCUUUGGUCAUAUGCCUAAUAAUUGAAGCUGUCAUAUGGAGAAAGAUUCGAAAUAACACCACAUCUUACCUGCGCCACGUCUCCAUCGUUAACAUCGCCACAUCACUCCUGAUUGCAGACAUUUGGUUUAUUAUAGGGGCGUCCAUUGUGAAUCCGUCUAAAGAUAAGAACACAUGCUCUGCAGCGACAUUCUUUAUCCACUUUUUCUAUCUAGACCUGUUCUUCUGGAUGUUAGCGUCAGCUCUGUUGUUGCUGUACCGCACAGUCAGCGUUUUCGAUGGGGGAUUGUCCAAACAUGCCAUGCUGGCUAUUGGAUUCUCUCUCGGAUACGGAGCACCUAUUAUCAUCUCAGUCAUAACUAUAGCUGUAACUGCACCCAGAAACCAGUACUUUCAAGAAGAUGUCUGCUGGCUUAAUGCCGAUCCCUCCUAUGCUCUACUGGCUUUUGUAAUCCCUGCCCUGAUGAUUGUUGGGAUUAACUUCAUAAUCCUGGUUGUGGUUAUAACCAAAAUGCUGCGGAGGAGGGCGGUGGGAGAUGCUGCACAAGCAGCUGAGAGGAAUGUCCUGUUUGUUAUUGUGAGGAGCCUGGCUGUCCUCACACCAAUUUUUGGACUAACUUGGUUUCUGGGAAUCGGAACCAUGGUCGAGCCAACAAACAAAGGCCUCCAUAUUUCUUUUUCAUUCUUCAAUUCCCUGCAGGGUUUCUUCGUACUGGUGUUUGGGUUGCUGUUGGACAGAAAGGUGCGGUCAGCAAUAGCAAUAAAGUCACAGACUUCAGGAAGUGGGACAAGGAGCACCAGCGCUGGAAACUCAUCAUCAGGUGGAUUUGGCUUUUUCAGGAACUGGAGAAGAGGAAGAGAUGGUUACCAAGUGUCCUCUGGUAACUCUGGUGUAUCUAGUUCCUUCGCCAACUCCUGAUGACGUGUGCAGAGAGCUCCAGCUGAAGCUCAACACGUGUUCUCCUCUGUUAGAGCGAUCAGGAGAGAGACGUAUGAGCGCUCUGUUUUUAAAUGUAAUGUAACAGAAGGGUUUUAUUUUUGUAUUCACUGAAGCACUGCUUACAACAACACUAUGUCAUACGUAGCAGUAUUACAUGAUGUAUGUUGGAUGUACAGUAUUAUUACAUUGUUAUUACUUAUAUUAUCUAUUUAUAUAUGAUCCUAAUUGCUUUGAAGAAAAGUUUGUUGUGAUUUCCAUUUCUGACCACUAGAGGCAGCGGCACACAGAUAACCUGGGCUGUAGAGGGGGGUGAGAGCAUGUACACUGUUUUCAGGUGAAUUUUAAACUCUUGAUGCACUUUAAUAGGUAGACACACUGAAUACUGAAUGUUUUAUUAGUUAUAUAAGAUCACUGUCAUGUUUUUAAUCAUGCACUUAUUAUUUUUUAGUGUGAAGAGAACUUUAAUAUGCUGACACAAUUUCCCCAGAAGAGAAGAAAUAACUUAUAAAGCACUCUGAACAUCCUCACUUUUGUCGAAAAAGACAGACAGCUGAUUAAAAAACACAGGCUCAUUA